UAAUUUCAGAUGUUUAAUAUUCAACAUUUUUGAAUCCACAUGCAUGAAUGCAGUAAAAUAUAAGAAAUGUCAUCGGGUCAAAUAGAAACAACUGCGAUAAAUUCCGUAGAAGUAGGUACUAGUCUAGCACCUUUAGCGGUACAAGAAACUGGUGGUGCUUUAAAGGUGCAUACAGAUACACCACAUUUGGUGUCAUUAGGUGGUGGUCGUCUUAGUACAGCAGUCACAUUGCAUCCAUUACCUUCUGGUCGUGUUACAGUUGGUUCUGGUAAUAAUGUGGACAUCCCUGUACAUGGCACUGGUGUGGAAUCAAUACAUUGUCAUAUUGAGAAUGUAAAUGGUGUUGUUACAUUGUAUCCAGUAUCACAAACAAUUACAAUUGAUGGCUUAAAUGUUGUAUCACCAACACGAUUGGCUCAAGGUGUAAUAAUAACAAUUGGUCGCUCAAAUUAUAUGCGAUUUAAUCAUCCAGCCGAAGCAAAAUUAAUGAAAUCAGUAUUACCAAAUCAACGUAUAUCUAUGGGACCAAUACAAUUUUAUCCAACCAACAAUUCAUCUCCAACAAAUAAUAGCACAAACAACGAUACAACAAAUAGUAAAAAACCACCAGUUGCACCAAAGAAAAGUCCGCGUGAAUCGUGGGAAUCAUCAAUACCCCCCGAAGAGAAUACAAUAUUAAGUAAAGUAUCAAAAUUUGAAUUAUUUGCAUCACAGCAUAUAAAAAAGUCACAACUAUCGCCAAAAGUUUUCCCAGCUGAUUUAGUAACAGUAAAUACACCAGCCAAGGAUGUUUUAGGACGUAAUGCACCAACAAAUUUACAUAAUUUAACAAAAAAUUUACAAAACUCUGCUGUUAAUUAUACAGAAAAUACAACAUAUGAAAAAUUAAAUCCAAAAAGUGUUCAGAUCCAUGAAAAUGGAUGUAUACCAAAAUUAAAGAAUAAUACUUAUGCGAAUGUAACAAUUAAUAAUUCAUCAUCAUCCACACCACGAUACGAUGACGAGACGUCAUCAAUAAUGUCACAGAGUAUGUACAAUAUGCCAUCGAAUAAUUGUUUUACAACAAUGCAACAACGAAAUGUCUAUGGUUCAAAUCCAAAUCUAACAGAUAAUACAAAAUCACAAUUGAAUAAUUCGAUUUAUAAUAAUAAUCAUAAUCAUAAUAAUAAUAUUAAAUUAACAACGCCAUCACCAAGUUUUAAUCGGAAUCCCUCGUAUCGAAAUGUGACACCAAUAACAUCAACAAAACAUUUUAAUGAUGAUGUUGCUAAUGAUAUGCUUGCGAAACGGAAAAGUGGAUCAUUAAGCGAACUCAGCAAAGUAAUUAUUAGAGAUAAUAAUACUAUUGUAAAUAUUCCUACAAAUAGUAUUGAAGAUUUAACACAAACACAACGAAUUGGUCAUGAUAGUGGGCAUGAAUUUAAUAAAAGUAAUCAUCAAUCACACCAUAAUGAACGAGUACGUGAUCAAGAAAUAGAGAAAGCUGAACAUGCACGACUUGAAGAAAUUUUAAACAUGUGCGCCGAAUACGAGAAACAAGCUCAAUGUGAAAGAAUUACUACAAAAUCUGUUCCAACUCCGAAUCGAAUCAAAACAAAUGGUUCAUUACCACGUGAUAAACGUUCAUCACCAACUGUACAACAAUUAAAUGACGAACCAGUAUUUAAAUUUGAUUUUGAUUCUUCAUCAACGCCAACCACAUCGUCACCAAUCAAUCAUUAUCAUCAACAAUAUCAAAAUAAAACAAAUUGGUGUGCACGUAAUAAUUUAAAUACAUAUGAAAAUGUGUCAAUUAAUAAAUUUCCAUCACCAACGUUAACAGACAAUAAUCAUCAUACACCGAAAUACGAAAAUGUUGAUAUACAAAAAGUACAUCCUAGUCCAUACGAAAAUGUUACGUUACAACAUCAACAAAUGAAUUAUCAUCCACAAUCGCCUAGGACACGUAUCAAAACGUAUGUUACGGCUAAUAAAUCUGAUACCAAUAAUGGUUACAAUAAACCUGAAAAUAAUUCUUAUAAAGAAGAUUAUGAUUAUUUAGAACAAUUUAUAAAUAAUACAAAGACAAUAUUUAAUGACUCGUUCAAUAGAAAACAAACAACUUCUGGUGGCAACAAUACAAAUAAUCUGCAACAAACACCAGAUUCAUCUCCAGUAAUAACCAAAUCACCCCAACAACAUCCCAAUUCCUCAACACCAAAUGGUAUUUCCAAAGUAUUAACAGAUCGUUUUAUGAAUGAGAAUUUAUUACAUGAAAUGUCUAAUUAUAAGACAACGAUGAAUGGUUGUAAUGAUACAAAUGAUAGAAAAACUCCAAUAAACACCGACCCAAUUGAUACCGUAUUAAAAGAGAAAAAUAAUAAUGAAAUGAUGAGUGCUGGUAGUGAAGUAAAUAGUUUAAGUAGAAAAAAUAAAAAAGAAAUUAUGACGACGGUAAUUACUGAAGAGAAAAAUAAAUGUAUUGAAAAAUUAACGAUGGAACGAAAUAAAAUACAAAAUGCAAUAUCAAAUGUUAAAUCAAAAAUAGCUGAUAUUGAAAAUCAAGAAGAGGAACUUAUAAGAGAGCUUGAAUUAGAAAAAUCAUUAAUAUCGGGUGAAUACAGAUCAGAAAUGAGUGCUUUAAAAGAAUUAGAAAAAGGUAAAGCAGCUUUAAUGGAAAGAAUUGAACAAAUGGAACAAGAAAUAGAAAACUCCAAAAUUAUACAAGAACGUCAACAAAAUGAUACUAAAAUUAAAUUAAAGGAAGCACAAGAUAAUGUAGCAAGACUGCAAAAUGACCUUUCAAAUUGUGAUAAAUCAUCGCCUGAAUAUGUGAAUAUUCAAUUAACAUUAACAAAAUCACAAGAUAUGCUAGAAAAUGAACGUAAAUGUUUCGAAGAUUUAGAAUUUCACCAUUUAGAGCACGAAGCAAAUUUAUUAGCAACACGUGAAGAAUUACAGCGUGAAAUACAAGAUAUCACACAACAAAUUGAUAAACGUACAAAACAAAUUCAGGAAUUAGAUGCACAAAAAGUUGAGGCAUUCGAUCAUACAACGUAUGAAUCAAAAGAAUUAGAACGUAAUUUAUUAACAUGUUUACGUAAUUUAGAAGAAUAUCGUAAUCGUUUAAGGUCUAUUGAUACCGAAUUAGAAUCAUUAACUGGACAAAAAUUAGAUUAUUAUUCAGAUAAUGAGUUAUUAAGUGAUGAAGAUAGUGCAGAUAGUAUAAAAAGUCAAUUAAAAAAUAAAUUAGAAAAUAUUAAAUUGUUAAAAAAUCAAUUAUCGAAUAUGGAAAAGGAGAAUAUGAGACGGGAUUCGUCUUCAAUAGAUAAAAAACAACAGAAAAUUAAAUCUAGUCAAGAACACAAACAACAUCAAUCACCAACGACACCAACAACAGUAACGACGCCAUCUUCAACUGCCACAUACCAAGUAAAUGGAAUUAAUUCCGAAAAUUCUUCAUCAUAUAGUAAACAAAUAGAUAUUAUGUCUCAAUCGUUUCAUGAAAUGUUCCUUAACGAUAAAUCUAGUCCAGAUACACGAUUAUUCAAACCACAACAACAACAAAAUUCCUCACAAUUACUGUCAAUGUCAUUCCAUGAAAAUUUCUUAAAAUUUGGUCAUUUGUCGCCGGAAGGUAAAACACCAAGUCAAGAUGAUAUUGAUCGAAUUAGUAAAGUUACAUCGGAUGCACCCAUGGAUCUCGGUGAGAAUACCGCAUCGUUAGGACGCAAAACCAUUGAAUCCUUAAAGGAGAUUGAACGUGUACGCCAAAUACACCUUAUUCAACAAGGCUCUCAUGUCAUAGAAGAAGAACGGAAACGAGUUUCUGAACUUAAGCGACGUGUACAAAAUGAAGUUAGGGCCGAAUGGGAAGAAAGGCGCCAACGUGAAUGUAAUUCAUUAAAUUCAGUUGGGUCUGAAGAAUCAGCGGUUACGAGUAGUGAAGGAAAUAGCGGUAUAACAAGGGAAAGUGUCGCAGAAAGCGAGGAAGCUGAAGAAAAACCAAAACAUUCAGUUACAUUUAACACUACACCAAUUCAACAUGAAUCAUCACAGCGUCGCAAUUCUCAAAUCGAUAAGGGUGACUUAUCUGAUUAUGAUCGGCGACCGUUAUCUGAAUCAAGCGAUGUCAGUUAUGAAACACAAUUAUCAGUCAAACCACGCCCUAGGAGUUUAUCAUCACCACAACAAAGGCCUCUUACCAGAUAUUUACCUAUACGUAGUGAUAAUUUGAACUUAAAACAACAUAUUGAAUCAGCAGGCCAUCAAGUUGACCUAUGUCCUCAUGUUAUACUGGAUAGUACUACAUGUCGAGGGUAUUUAAAUAAAAUGGGAUCACGUUUUCAUAGUUGGAAUAAAAGAUGGUUUGUGUUUGACAGAGUCAAAAGAAUUUUUGUUUAUUUCCCAGAUCGGCAUGAAAAGAAACGAAGAGGUGGAGCAUACUUUCAAGCAAUAGAAGAAGUUUAUCUAGAUCAUCUAAACACCGUUAAAUCACCAAACCCACAAUUAACAUUUAUUGUAAAAACACACGAAAGAACAUACCAUUUAAUGGCACCAUCCCCAGAAGCUAUGCGUAUAUGGAUUGAUGUUAUCUUCACCGGUGCUGAAGGAUAUCAAGAAUUCGAACAUGGGACUUAAUUUUUUU